AUGGGUCCUUUCAAGAGAUUAUCCCGGAUACGUCUGUGCACCUCGUCGGCGUUGAGGCAGGAGGCGAGGGUGCAUAGGGAUGAAUGUUUCGCGCUAGUGUGCUAUGAUAGAUACCUUCCGGUUCCCACUUCAUGCCUCGAGAUGGCGGGGCGCACACCCAGCGGACUGUACAAACGGGUAGCUAACCGUUCCCCCGAUACCGGCGCAGGGCUACUAGUCUUGAUCAAUACCUACUACGGCGCAACACUGAUUCUGGACAGAGCCUCGCAACGAACCAUUAUAUGGCGAAACGCAGGCUGGGCAUCUGGAGGGUUCUUGUUAGUAGAGGGAUGGGAGGGAACGGAGCAGUGGUAG